AUGGCCCUGUCGUUGAUCGUCAACGCCGGUCUCAUGGCCCUGCCCAUCGGCGGGUGUCUGGGUACACUAUUCGGUAUCGAUGCUCAUCGCGCAGCCACCGGUCAACGCCCACUCUUCGCUCCCAACCCCAAUGAUCCCGAUGAAAAUCGCGGCACUGGCAGCAGCGGAGGUGGUCACGAUAGCACUGGUGGUGGCCACGAGUCGAGUGGCGGCGAUGUCAGCGACAAUGGCAUCCAAACCUAUCCUUACUGUCAACUCUCAUAUGGUAUUACGCCGCCCUCCAUCGAUGGCGAAUCCUUUACGCUCAAUCCCAACCAGUGGAAUGUCAAGAAAGACUCCGAUAAGGGUGCUCUCUGCAUGAAUGUCACCACAUUCAACAACAUGACUUACCCAACCAAAUAUUCCGCCCCCGACUUCUCCGUCACAUGGCAAUUCGACCCUGGCCCAGAGACCAAUCCUGUGUAUGCUUUCCCCAACAUCAUGGUGGACAAGGUGCUGCCCGUCGGCCUCGACGACAUGCAAGAACUCUACCUCAACGUCCACUGGACCUACGGCGUCGGCGACGAGAUUGCAACCACCACCGACGAGUCCGAAUUGACCGCCAAUAACGUCAACACCAACGUCGCCAUCGAUAUGUUCUUCGACAGCGAUAAGGAGAAGGCGCAGAACAGCACCAGCGCCAAGUACGAAGUCAUGGUGUGGUUCGGCAUGUUCGGCCCAUCUACCCAACCUCACGGCUAUGGCACCAUCGUCACCACCAACCAGAUCAACGGAACCAAAUUCGAUCUGUACUCCGGCACGAAUACAGCUACCGACCAAAACGUCCUCACAUGGGUUUCGGAGAAGACGGUUGAACAAUUCAACGGCAACAUUUACCCGCUCAUCAGCGAUCUGUACAACUUGACCGGUUCAGUCUACCCAUCCAAGACUGACUACCUGGGCUACUUUGGUUUCGGAUCGGAAGCCUUCUCGUCCGACAAGAAUGUCACGUUUGGAGUGACCAACCUCGAGAUCGGCAUCAAGACAUAA